AUGUGCCCUGUUAUCGUCGUUGAUGGCACCCAUUUGAAGGGUAAGUAUUUGGGUACAAUUUUUGUGGCAACUGCUUUGGAUGGAAAUGAGCAAAUUUAUCCGGUUUCUUUUGGCAUUGGUGAUUCUGAGAAUAAUGCAUCUUGGCAAUGGUUUUUUGAAAAAUUACGGGAUGCCAUUGCAGUUGAAGACUUCUCACGGUUAUGUAUAAUUUCAGACAGAAAUCCUAGCAUUGAUAGGGCAGUUUCACUUGUAUUGCCUGGUUCAUUUCAUGGUGCAUGUAUCGUCCAUAUCCAACGAAACAUGAAGGCGAAAGGGUUUAAUGAAUCUGUCAUCCCUAUAUAUCUUAAAGCUGGUAAGGUGUAUCGAACAUCUGAGUUCGAGCAUUUAAUGAAUCAGUUGCGUAAUGUCGACGGAGGUAGACCUUAUGCUUAUUUAGUUGAAGCUGGUUUCCAUAGGUGGUCUAGAGCACUGUCUUCUGGUAAGAGAUAUAGUAUAAUGACAACGAACAUUGCAGAGUUCUUGAAUGCUAUACUACGAGAUGCUCGAAGUUUGCCGAUUACAAUGCUAGUUGAACAAUUGUGUGGCAAACUGCAGGAAUGGUUCAGUGAUCGUCAUAAUAACGCAGCAUCUGUCACGUCUUACCUAUGUUGCGAGUGUGACAAGGAAGUUAGAAAGAGAAGCAAUAGGUCACAGCGACUAAAUGUUCAACCGAUAAGCCAUAGUGAGUACUAUGUACGAGAUGGUGAUCAAGAUGGACAGGUCGAUCUGCAAAACAAGACCUGUUCAUGCCGGGUGUUUGAUCUUGACCAACUUCCUUGUGUUCACGCAUUGGCUGUAUGUCGAGUUCGGAACAUAUCUUUUUAUUCCUUGUGUUCUCCGACCUAUACGAAUGAGGCCCUAAUGUUAGCUUAUGCUGAACCUAUAUACCCAGUAACUAUUGAGGAUCAACACAAAGUUUGCGAGAAUAACGUAUUGCUCCCGCCGGCGAUUAGACGUCAAGGGGGGAGGCCAAGGCAACGAAGGAUCCCAUCAUCUGGUGAAACUGUAGCAGUGAGGAUAUGUUCCCGGUGUCGACAACGAGGUCAUAAUCGUCAAACAUGCAAAGAGCCAAUCGUAUUGACUCCAACAUCAUAG